AGCUCAGCACACAGCGGUGCCUUACCAGCUGAAACCAGCUUCACUAGUCACUCAACGAGGAGCUGCAUAGGCAGAAUACGCAGUCAUGUUGACUGUUCUGUUGACCAUUUUAAUGUUUAGUCAAGGGCUUUCAAUGGACAGUCGUGGGACAAGUUUCAUCACUGCAUUCCCUGAGAAUAUUGCUGUUUAUUAUAAAAAGACCAUUAACCUACUCAAAAUCACCACCCUCCACCCAAACACUAUGGUCAAUGUCACCUCUAUAGCCAGCGGCAUCGUUGACACCAAAGAACGCAUCAGCAAUGGGACCAUUUUAACAGUGAAUUUGACAAAAGAGGAUGAAGAAUACCAGUUUGUAUCUUCCAAUAAGUCUUUUCGAAUCGCCAGUGAUAAAAACAUCACAGUUCUUUCUGUGAGUGGAUGGGAGGGGAGAUUCCAGUCUCAUGUUGUCCAGCCUGAACAAAAUCUCGGAACGGUGUAUCAAGUCCCCGCUCUGAAUUACACCAUGAUAGCCACGUCCUUUAGGCUGAUGAUUAUCAAUGCAAUGGACAAAGUCAACAAUGUCACCAUCAAACAGUUUGACGAAAGAGGUCAGAGCCAGGCAGAUAGCAUAACGCUCGGUCCUUACAAGCUUUUCCAGAUUCAGAUUAAUGGGACGGUGAGAGAAAUAAAUGCUACGGACAAAGUGGCUGUACUUCUGACCCAUCCGUGCUUUGACAGCAAAAACUGCUCCUGCAACAUGGUGGUGAACCAGCUCAAACCCCCAGUGACUGACGAUGAAAAGAUUCUAGCCAGAUUCCUUGUGCCCCCUAUCUUCAGUGCCAAACAGCUACUUGCGACAACAAAUCAACCCUUCAAAAUCUGUCAGGGUUUAUUUACUAAUCGUAAUUGUAUUUUGGUGCAAAAUUCUACCGACAUCCUGUCAUUAUUCCCAAAUUUUACAAACACAUCCUCGGUUAUUUCUACCAACAUGCAUAUUUCCCUCCAACUAAUCGGUCCUGGACUCAUUCUAGACCUCAUUCCAACAAGCAUGUUUUCUGGCUGCUAUCUGUUAGGUUUUAAUUCCUCACACAGUGGGGCUUUGGUGAUUGCUAAUAAAUCCAGCACUGAUGGUGUGCAAAUAAAUGAUCAGCCUUUGCCUUCAGACAUUAAAUGGAACGUUCUGAAUGGCACAGAGUACUCUUGGGCUCUGGUGGAGGCACAAGAGAUAGGCACUAUCUGGCAUCCUACUUCAAAGAUUGGUGUAUAUAUGAUAGAACGCUUGGAGUCCAACAAUAUCUAUGGGAGCCCAGCAAUAGCUAUAAAUAUGGACCCAGAUCGUAAUGGUUGUCUGGUGACUCCGGAGAUGUUUGUACUUGGUAAAGAUGAAAUGAGCUGGUUCGUGUCCCAUAAUUACUGCUUGGAAAAUGCUGAUCAGCUUGUCAGGUUUGUCGCUAAAGACACACUGGAUAAGAUGGCUUCGAACAUGACGCAACAAGAACCCACGGAGGGCUGGAUCGGUCUGCGGCGCGGCCUGUACACAGCAGAGUGGUACUGGAAAAACGAGGACAAUUUCCCAUCCACUGUGAACUUCACUUACUGGGAGGAUGGACAGCCUGAAAAACCUGAGAAAGGCUUGUGUGCCUCAGUUUCCCUGGACCCCAAAAAGAAAUUCAUGUGGAAGAGCGCACGCUGCUGUUCUAAAAAGAAACCUGUUUGCUAUAACACCCCAAAAUAUCUCACUUACAGAGAUACUGCAAUACUGUGA